CGACUUCAGAUCCUCCUACGGGUGUAUCGACGUCCAUAUCAGCCAUGUUUGCGGUUCCUGUCUUGGGUGUGGCGAACAGGACCAAGCGCUUUCGAACCUACCACCCAUCACCAAGAAGCCUUGAGGUUUAA